UAACUCUAUCCCUUUUCCUCUCUCUUCCCAUAUCUGUCUCUCUCUAAUACUUUCUUCACAUCUCUCUCACACUCUAUAUAUCUACCUCUCUCUCUCUCUCUCUCUCUCUCUCUCUCUCUCUCUCACACACACACACACACACACACUAUCUAUCUACCUCUCUCUCUCAAACACACACACACCCUUCCCACCUCUCUCUCUCUCUCUCUCUCUCUCUCUCUCUCUCUCUCUCUCUCUCUCACACACACACACACACUUUACUGAACCGCUGAACCGCGAGGACUCGAGCUCGAGCCGCAGUCGUGGUCGGUCCUCUUGCGCGUGGCGGGAGUUCAGUGUCUCGUGCGUUUUUUUUAUUUUGGCGCCAAAAGAAGGAGAAUUGUCUCGCGCCGCGGUUUGACAGGAGCUCCGCGCGCGGCGGCCGUUACUGGAGAGAGAAAGAAACGGUCGAGUUUUAAUUUUUUGACGGAAUUUCUGAACACGACGCUUGAAAUAAGGCGGUUUUAGCGAGUUUUAUGGACCAGAAGCGACUCGGACUGAUCGGCGGGCAAGUUUUAUAUGUGUUUUAGUUGAUUUUUCAGCUCUUUUACCUCAGAAAGAAGGAGAACGGAGAUGGAUUGGCGUUUAAUCCGCCGCAUGAAGCCGUUUAAAGUUAUGUUAGCGCUAACUGUGAGUGCGGGGGAACGUUUGUAGGACGUUAGCCGGUUUUAACCUCUUUUCCCGGAGGUUUAUUUGUUAUUAUUCCCGUCGUGCGCUCCGUUUGGAUGUGGGUUUGGGUCUGAAAAUGACUUCUUUCCAACUCAGAGCCUGUAUCGCCCUGGCGCUGGUGGGAACUGUGGCGCUGACGGACCCCGGACACCCCAAUCAGGUGGUUCUUUUGGACACCACAGCUGUAUUGGGUGAACUGGGCUGGACGACCUAUCCAGUAAAUGGGUGGGACGCAAUCACGGAGAUGGACGAGCAGAACCGGCCCAUCCACACCUUCCAGGUGUGCCACGUUAUGGAGCCGAACCAGAACAACUGGCUGCGCUCCAACUGGAUAUCUCGGCAGGCGGCGCAGAAGGUCUACGUGGAGCUGCGCUUCACUUUGCGUGACUGCAACAGCAUCCCCUGGGUGUCGGGCACGUGCAAGGAGACCUUCAACCUGCUGUACCUGGAGGCGGAAGAGCCGCACGGACCCGACGCCCGAUUCCAUCCCGCCGACUACGCCAAGAUCGACACCAUCGCGGCAGACGAGAGCUUUACGCAGACGGACCUCGGCGACCGAGUCUUACGGCUCAACACCGAGAUCCGAGAGGUGGGGCCGAUGGCACGGAAGGGCUUCUACCUGGCCUUCCAGGACGUGGGCGCGUGCAUCGCUCUGGUGUCCGUUCGAGUCUAUUACAAGAAGUGCCCGUCCACUCUGAGGAACCUGGCGGCAUUCCCGGACACGGUGCCCCGCGUGGACUCGUCUUCUCUGGUGGAGGUGAGAGGGGCUUGCGUGGAGAACGCAGAGGAAAGGGACACGCCCAAGCUGUACUGCGGUGCUGACGGAGACUGGCUGGUACCUCUGGGAAGGUGCGUCUGCAGCAUCGGCCACGAGGAGAACGACGGCCUGUGUCUGGCCUGCAGAGCCGGCUUCUACAAGGCCUUCGCUGGAAACAUCAAGUGCUCCAAGUGCCCCCCUCACAGCUUCAGCCACUCCGAGGCGUCCGCCCUGUGCCACUGCGAGAAAGGCUUCUACCGAGCCAGCAAAGACCCGCCCACCACUGCCUGCACACGACCACCCUCGCCUCCUCGUAACCUGGUCUACAACAUCAACGAGACCACCCUCUUGCUGGAGUGGGAUCCUCCCACGGAUACAGGCGGGAGGAAGGACAUGACCUAUAACGUGGUGUGCCGGCGCUGCGGUGGUCCGGGGCAGCCGUGCGACCCCUGCGACAGCGACGUGCGCUUCGUCCCCCGGCCGGUGGGCCUCACCCGCCCCUCGCUGGCCGUGCAGGACUUCAUGGCCAACGCUAACUACACCUUCCAGAUCGAGGCUCUGAACGGCGUGUCGGGGAUGGGCCGGGCGGCGCGGCAGGUGGCGAAUAUCACCAUCAGCACGGAGCAGGCGGGUCCAUCUCUGGUGGGCGUGGUGAGGAAGGACUGGGCAUCUCAGAGCAGCAUCGCUCUGUCCUGGCAGGAGGCCGACCAACCGCAUGCUGCCAUCCUCGACUACGAGAUCAAGUACUACGAGAAGGAGCAGGAGCAGCUGAGUUACUCCUCCACUCGUACGAAGGUGCCGAGUGCGAUCGUAACAGGUCUAAAGCCCUCCACCGUCUACGCUUUCCACGUGCGUGCUCGCACUGCGGCCGGAUACAGCAGCUACAGCCCCAAGUUUGAGUUCUCCACUGGAGACGAGGACUCAGAGGAGGUGUCUGAUCAGGGUCAGGUCUUGGUAAUUGUUACAGCAGCAGUGGGGGGCUUCUCUUUGCUCGUCAUCCUCACUCUCUUCCUCCUUAUCACCGGCAGGUGUCAGUGGUACAUCAAAUCCAAGCUGAAGUCAGAAGACAAGAGAAGGACGCAGUAUCAGAAUGGACAUGUGCCAUUCCCAGGAAUAAAGACCUACGUGGAUCCAGACACUUAUGAAGAUCCCUCUCAGGCUGUGCACGACUUCGCCAAAGAGAUCGACCCCUCCCGGAUCCGGAUAGAGAGGGUCAUCGGAGCCGGUGAGUUCGGGGAGGUGUGUGGAGGUCGUCUCCGAACUCCAGGAAAGAAGGAAAUUCCCGUAGCAAUAAAGACGCUGAAGGGCGGCUACACCGAGCGGCAGAGGCGGGACUUCCUGCGGGAGGCGAGCAUCAUGGGGCAGUUCGACAACCCCAACAUCAUCAGACUGGAGGGCGUGGUCACUAAGAGUCGUCCAGUGAUGAUAGUGGUAGAGUACAUGGAGAACGGAUCCUUGGACUCGUUUCUGAGGAAACACGACGGGCACUUCACCGUCAUCCAGCUGGUUGGAAUGCUGCGCGGCAUUGCCUCCGGUAUGAUGUACCUGUCCGACAUUGGCUACGUCCACCGCGACCUGGCAGCCCGGAACAUUCUGGUGGAUGACAACCUGGUGUGUAAGGUGUCGGACUUCGGCCUGUCCAGGGUGCUGGAGGACGACCCAGAGGCAGCCUACACCACCACGGGAGGGAAGAUCCCCAUCCGUUGGACGGCUCCGGAGGCCAUCCAGUACAGAAAGUUCUCCUCAGCCAGCGACGUCUGGAGUUACGGCAUCGUCAUGUGGGAAGUGAUGUCAUACGGGGAGCGCCCCUACUGGGAAAUGUCCAAUCAGGAUGUGAUCCUCUCCAUUGAGGAGGGCUACCGGCUUCCCGCCCCAAUGGGCUGCCCCGUGGCUCUGCACCAGCUGAUGCUGCACUGCUGGCAGAAGGAACGCAGCCAGAGGCCACGCUUUCACGACGUGGUCACGUUUCUGGACAAGCUGAUCCGCAACCCCAGCAGCCUGCUGACACUGGUGGAGGACGUGCACAGUUUACCAGAAUCUCCAGAAGACAUGCCUGAUUACCCUCUCUUCAUCUCCAUCGGUGACUGGCUUGACUCCAUUAAAAUGAGUCAGUACAAGAACAACUUCAUAGCAGCAGGGUACACCACCCUGGACUCCAUCUCCAGCAUGAGUAUUGAUGAUGUCAGGAGGAUCGGUGUGUCUCUGAUUGGCCACCAGAGGAGGAUAGUGAGCAGCAUACAGACGCUACGACUGCAGCUCCUCCACAUUCAACAGAGUGGCUUCCAUACUCCUCCUCAGCUGGCCUUUCAGAACUUCCAAUAAACUGCUGAAAGAGAAAAGAAGAAGGGCCUCUCUGAGAGACUCUGAAUGUCGUUGGUUGUUCGUCUCCAGGCUGAAGGGAAGCAAGCAGAAGAUGGACAGCCAAUCAGGGUACAGCGAGAGCGCGGCACGGCUCUGUCGUGUCCCGGCGAUGUCACGUCCGCCAGUCCUCCCGCGACUGGCCGGAUUCACCGUCAGACGAGAACUUUUAAUAGUUAUAUUUGCUAUUUUAAUGUAACGCGUAUGUGUCUUAAAGAGAUAUUUAUUCGUUUAUUCAUCAUGCUACUUCCCGGAGCCUCUGGGAAACGAGAGAGACUGUUGAAUGUCAGUGGAUUUCUAUGGCUAUUAACCCAUUAUUUAUCACAUCAGAUAUUUAUGCUGGUAUUUCUAUGUAGGUGUACGUGGUUCUUUUUCCGUUUGUUCGUUCGUUUGUUUAGAUUAUUAUUUUUUUUACUUAUUUAUCGUUUCUCCUCAGCAAUAUGUGCGGUCUUUUCAGAGCGUCGAGAAAAGAGCGAGCCGAGAUCUGGAGCAGAAAGCAGUAUCUCACUCUGUUAGAGAGAAAAAAAAAACGGGGAAAAAAGAUGAUAAAAAAAAACACUCAGAUCAAAAACCAUAGACCUCCUCAGGCAGUCAAGCUCAAGCUAUGCCAUACAAGAACGAUCUUUGACCUUUUAGAAGACUGAAAGCCAUGGCCUCGCCUCGCCUCGUGCUCCUGCGUCAGGCCUGACACGUCAAUACUCCAGAAUUGUACACGCUGUACACACUUCGACUCUCCAGACUCCGACAUGUUCUGCUGGGAUGCACAAGAGUUUUAGAGUCGUUUGCUGAAUUUUGUCGCUUGUGUGAGACACAGAAGAUUGUUACCUUCUUAACUUAACUCCUUCUUAACCCAUUCAUGUCCUGAAAAACGGAAAAAAUUACAUUUUUCUUAGUCUAUAUCGUCGCUGUCCAAUGCAAAACAUAAUAAUAAAAUUAUUAUGCAUUAAGCAACACUAGUAAGAAUGCCUACACUGAAGUGACCAAGGGUGUCGCCAUGUUUCCCUUCUAAUGGAGAAACUGGGAGAGGCACCUGGAUAUUAAUCUACACAGAUUUCUCUCCUAAAAAACAUUUAUUUGGUUAAGUAAAGUGCUUCCGUUUAUUUACAGUAAGCUUAGAUUCCCAAUAUUUUUUGUCCAAGGUUGAGUUUUCAGUAAAGUUUCUCCAGCACUAAGGCUGGAGGCAGCAGCAUUAGCAUUAGGCGCUAACUGUAGCACUAGCGGGACGCAAAUGCAGUCCGAUAGCACUAGACUAAGGAACCCUGAGUGUUUCGGUAACCCAGGGUGGUAUCAGCUAGCGGUUCGUCCCACAUAGCUGGUUUUAUCACGUCAACCAUGCAGACUACAGUUCAAUAUACUCACCUCUGAACGGCAAAAGAGCUAGCGCGGCUAAUGCUAAUACUGCUGCACCCAGCCUUAGUGCUGGAGAAACUUCACUGAAAUUCACUCUUAUAACACUGUACUUCAGCGGAGUGGUUUUACUGCUCCUUAAUACCUGACUGGUAGAAUUAUACAUAAGGAGCAAUGGAUUAUAAAAGCAAAGUUAAAGGAUUUUAACUUUGCCUUCUAGUCCGAAAAAUAUGGUACAUUAAAAUCAUAACAUUUUUAGAAAUAAAUAUUUAGAGAUUUAAUUUAUUAAAUCGUUCUCUCAGUUCAAUAAUUUGUUCCAUGAAAUUGAAUAGAUGGUUAUACUGGGGGAACUACUGUCUAAACGGAAGGACUGAUUUAUUUAAAUGAGGUAACAGAUGGGAAAAAAAAUUAAAUGUAAGUAUGUUAACUUAAAUUAAAGAAAUGAGUUAUUAAACUAAUGGAACAGGUUGUUAAUUUGAGGGAACACAUUGAUAAAAUGAGUAAACUAGUUAUAUUGACAAUGUAAAAAGAGUUUAUUUCAUUUAGGUCAUUUUGGAGAAUUUCUAUUGGUCCAUUCAUUAAGAAAUGUGUACAGGACGGGUUGUGUGUUCAAACUAUGUAGUAAACUAACAAAAAAAAAAAAAAAAAAA